UUGUGCAUGGGUGUAAUCGCAGUAGCAGAGGAGGAGGAGGAGGCAGCUGCAGUGUCAUCGCUUCCCAUUACAUUGUACGGUGGUGUUGUCCUAAGGGAGUACGAAUAAGAAGCGAGAGCUGUUACACUAUGUUUCACAUAGGACUGGUACAAUUAAUAGAGCGGAUUAUGCUUAAUCGUAGGCCGCGGGAUUUUGUCAUGUAGCCUCCCGCGGACGAAAUAAUUAACACGUUUGUUUAUAUAUCAUCGAUGUACCGAAAAAUAUCGAAAGCGUUUGCUACAAAAGCUCCAGAGUUGAGGGGUGGUCGCAUGAAGUCGAUAUCACCGACGUUAUUAUUAAAACAGCAACAACCGUUGUCGUCGUUGUCGUCGUCGUCGUCGUCGUCGUCGUUGUUACAACUGUUAUCGUAUAUUUUUUCAUCUUAUUCCUCCUCCUCGUCGACGUCGUCGUCGUCGUCGUCGUCGUCGGCGUCGUCGUCGUCGUCGUCGUCGUCGUCGACCUCGACAUCGACAUCUACAUCGAGAUCGAAAUUUUCAUCAUUAUUCCAAUGUAAUCUGAUGUCACAAUCCUGAUCAUGCAUGCAGUAGUUCUCAUAUUAUUUCAAACAACGACUAUAAACUCGUCGUCUACUAUUUAAAUCCUCGUUCCAGAUAUGGAGUUGAUAAGUGCCAGGAGAUUGCACCAAAUCUGAACGAGGCCAUUGGUAUUGAAAAACUAUUGUAUUUGUGUUAUCAAACUGUUUACCUUGGUACUUAACCUAGGAGAAAAAGAAGAUGUCACAGUUAAAUAUAAGUACAGGAAAAAAAGGAAGGGGUGUUGCAAGUACCUCAGCUUCAUCCGUAUCAGCGUUAACCAGUUCAACUGAUUUAGCUAGCCUAUUCGAAUGUCCUGUUUGUUUUGAUUAUGUACUACCACCUAUCUUGCAGUGUCAAAGUGGACAUCUCGUUUGUAGUAAUUGUCGACCAAAACUUACCUGUUGCCCUACUUGUAGAGGCCCAUUAGGUAAUAUUCGCAAUCUGGCUAUGGAAAAGGUAGCGAGUAAUGUAAUGUUUCCUUGCAAAUACUCUAUUAGCGGAUGCACGGUAUCUUUGAUGCAUACCGAAAAGCCAGAUCACGAGGAUGUGUGCGAAUUCCGUCCAUAUAGUUGUCCUUGUCCUGGUGCAUCUUGUAAGUGGCAGGGAUCUCUCGAACAAGUGAUGCCGCAUCUUGUUACGAGUCAUAAAAGCAUUACUACUCUUCAAGGAGAAGACAUAGUUUUUCUCGCAACUGAUAUAAAUCUUCCCGGAGCUGUGGAUUGGGUAAUGAUGCAAUCAUGUUACGGUCAUCAUUUCAUGUUGGUACUGGAAAAGCAGGAAAAAUACGACGGUCAUCAACAAUUUUUUGCGAUUGUUCAAUUGAUUGGUUCGAGAAAGCAAGCAGAAAACUUUGCUUACAGGCUAGAAUUAAAUGGACAUAAAAGACGCCUUACGUGGGAAGCUAUGCCACGUUCUAUACAUGAAGGGGUCUCGUCUGCUAUUUUAAAUUCCGACUGCCUUGUAUUUGAUACGUCUGUUGCUAAUUUUUUUGCGGAUAACGGAAACCUAGGAAUUAAUGUUACAAUUUCUAUGGCAUGAGGAAAGCCAGAGAAAACAGUUUAGAAUCAUUCAGACAUAUCGUGAAGUCUUUGAAUUGAACUCCUAAACUGACACGAAAGAUUGCCUGUUAUGCAUACAUAAUUUCUUUCAUGUUACCACAGAUGAAUAUUAGCAAUAUGGAUGUUAGAAAAUAUUGGAAAUAGAUUGACAAAGUGCAACAUUUACACACUUGGUUACAGAAACAUCCGUGUAGGAGCUUUAAAGUAUACUUGUAUGUGAUAUUAAUAAUACAUGUGAAUAGAAGAUAAACAGCUAUUUGGUUAAAGCAGCUAAAAAAGCCAAUUUAUAGAAAGUACCUGACAGUCAUAACACGAUGCUUUCUCUUAGUCAUCUCUUAUCAAUUUUUUAUUUAUAAUAUUCCUUAGCGAAUUUUAUAUUAAUUUAAAUGUUAAGAGUACAUCACAAAUAUCAUCACUUAAUACGAUUUACCUAACAGACUCGUCUAUAUCUUUAUUUCUAAUCUAUUUAAACAUUUUCAUCUCUUUCUCUUUCUCUUCCUCUCCCUCUCUCUUUGUCUAGAUGUAUCAUGCACUGCUAACGAAAAAUUACGAUCAAUUCUACCGACAUAAUAAUUUGUUUGAAUUUUGACAGGAAUAUUUGAUUUUUAACGAAUUUUAUUU